GGGCCAGCCUUGCCAAAUCGAGAACAUAAAGGUUUAUAAAUCCUGACAAAGGAGAUUUCCAUCGCGUGUUAAUAGGAGAUAAAGAAAGACUGCUCAAAGAGAUGAAGCUGUGUGCCUGCUCCUGGCUGCAGUGCAGUUUGGCUGAGCUUUUGUUCCACUUCUGAAUAGUUCUUGCUGGAAGUCCAUCACCCAGAGGCCAGCUCUCCCAACAACCGGAUAGCAGCAGAGGUAAGCAUGAAGACAUUAAAUUACAAAUGCCAUGACACGGGAGGGGCAGUUCAGGGAGGAGCUGGGUUAUGACCGGAUGCCCACACUGGAGAGAGGCCGGCAGGACACAGGACGGCAGGACACGGGCAGCUACGCACCUGACUCAAAGCCGAAGGACCUGCAGCUGUCGAAGAGGUUGCCCCCAUGCCUCAGCUACAAGACAUGGGUAUUCUCGGUGUUGAUGGGGAGCUGCCUUCUUGUGACUUCCGGGUUUUCGCUCUACUUGGGGAAUGUGUUCCCCUCUGAGAUGGAUUAUUUGCGCUGCGCAGCAGGCUCUUGCAUCCCCUCCGCAAUUGUGAGCUUCGCUGUGGGGAGGAGAAACGUCAGCGCGAUUCCCAACUUCCAGAUCUUGUUUGUCUCCACAUUCGCGGUUACCACCACAUGUCUGAUCUGGUUUGGGUGUAAACUGAUCCUGAAUCCCUCAGCCAUAAACAUCAAUUUCAACCUCAUCCUGCUCUUGCUGUUGGAGCUCCUCAUGGCAGCCACAGUGAUCAUCUCAGCCCGGUCCAGUGAGGAGUCCUGCAAGAAGAAGAAGGGUUCCAUCUCGGAUGGCGCCAACAUUCUGGAUGAAGUGGCUUUUCCUGCUCGGGUCCUAAAAUCCUACUCUGUGGUAGAAGUAAUUGCUGGUGUCUCCGCUGUCCUUGGUGGGGUGAUCGCUCUAAAUGUAGACGAAGCUGUCUCGGGCCCACAUCUCUCAGUGACAUUCUUUUGGAUUUUAGUGGCUUGUUUUCCAAGUGCCAUUGCCAGCCACGUGACAGCAGAGUGUCCCAGCAAAUGUCUGGUGGAGGUGCUGAUUGCCAUCAGCAGCCUGACAUCCCCACUGCUGUUCACUGCCUCUGGAUAUCUGUCCUUCAGCGUGAUGAGAAUCGUUGAGAUUUUUAAAGAUUACCCACCAGCCAUCAAAUCCUACGAUGUGCUCCUCCUGCUGUUGCUGCUAGUGCUGCUGCUCCAGGGGGGCCUCAACACUGGCACAGCCAUCCAGUGUGUGAGCUUCAAGGUCAGCGCCCGGCUACAGGCUGCAUCCUGGGACACCCAGACCUGUCCCCAGGAGCGCCCAGCAGGGGAGGUGGCCAGAAGCCCCCUGAAGGAAUUUGACAAAGAGAAAGCCUGGAGAGCUGUGGUGGUACAAAUGGCCCAGUGACUACAGGACAAGAAGACCGAGUCUCGGCGUCUGUCUGGCCUCCGGCAUGGUCUACUGUACAGACUCUGUCCUGUAACUGCUGCUUUCUAACACACGCUUUUGCUCCUGUGCAACAGCCAGGCUGCAAGGCGGUUCUCACUUCCUGUAGUAGUUUAACUUUGGAGCAGGCAAGCGUUGAAGGUUGCGCCCUGUCUAGUGGGUCAUUCUGUGCUUCUCAGAUGAUCCUGCUGGCCUGGGUAAACCUAUGUUUUCCAGCCCUCUUCACUUCCUGAUUUGAUCCUCACUCAUUCAUGGGAGCUGAUGUUUUGGCCUUAGGGCACUUCCAUGCCUCUGCAUGCUUGCCAUAGUGUGGGGAUAGUUUGAUUGUGAGAAUUGCAUUGGCUUUGAUUAAAAUCAUGGCCAAGAGAUGGUGUGUAUGCCACCUCCCGAAACGCCAGAGGACACCUGGAUUCUCUCAGAAUCGGUUUGGUUCCUCCUCCGGGAGGUGAGCGGCAGUGUUCCUUUCCUGAGCUGGGGUGUAUCAAUGGGUUCUAAGGAAGCUAUUGAAAAGACCAGAGGUGCAUUUUGUGCCCCCGAAGAGCUGCCAGGGUCAGAGAGGUAAUAAGAAGCCUCCUAGGCUUCUCACUUCUAAAUGCCCUGACUCUGACUUCCGGGACUCAUGAAAAGUGCAGUAGGUUGUUUUCAGUGCAACGGAAAUGCAAGUGAGGCACCUGUAGGGUGGAAAGUACCCAGUAAAGCAGCUCCAUCUCCAGCCUCGGGAGUCCCCGUUCUAUCUUCAUCCUCUGCGGCCCCAGAGGGCUGGACCCUGCAUCAAUAAGUACCAUGAGAGGUCAUUCUUGCCUGCAUAUGUGCAGAGCUCUGUAGGCUUUGAACCUACUGCAGCUCUGCCGCACGAUAUUGGGUGGCGAGGGAGCCAUGGGCAAGCUGGGAUGGCAAGCCAUCUGCUAGGAGAUGAGAGAGACUCGAAUGUUCAGGACCAGAAUGAGGCAGCGGGGGAUUGCUGAAGACUUGCACUUUCUCAUUUUAGAGAGCUUAAAAAAACCAACUCAUAUAAAUGGGGCCUAAAAAUUGUCUCUUGUAUACUUUUGUUUGGUAGAGUUUAAUAUGCUUGGAUGCUUGGGCAAUAAAUGCUAACAUGCAAAUGUGUUCAUAGCCUGUU